AUGGACUUGCGCUUACACAAACGCCGCCCAGCGUCAACUUCUUUUCGAGCUGGCACACUGGUUUUACCAGGAGAAACAUGCGACGCGCCAGCCUCUCUAAAUGAUACAGUAUCUUAUCAACUCGACCUAGGUGACAAUGUUGUAACGCUUUCGUCCAACGGACCCGGAGAUUCCAUCAGCGGGUUAUUAUAUGUGCCCCAGAUUUCUAACAACGACUGCAAUGAGGAGGCAAAGAGCCUGAUUCCUACUAAUGUCACCCGACGCUCUGACUUCCCGAAACCUCCAUGUGCUCUUAUCGCACUUGCUCCCUGGAUAUCGCCGAAUUGCACCCUCGCAUUCUUGGAUGCAGCAAAUGACGACCGUGUCGUCGGCUCUGUUUUUUAUAUGCCCGACAACUCAACCUAUAAACUAGGAAAUAGCACAAACUGGAAGAUAGGCAAUGACGAUACAUGGAAAUUAAAUCACCCUUUCCCGGUUUAUGCUAUUCCUGGAGGGUAUGGGCAACAGUUAAUUCACCAAGCUGCGAUAUAUUCUGGAAAUCUGUCAUCCGCUCCGUAUGGCGAUGAACUUAGUAGCAAAUUCGGCCCUAUGGCACGGGCUAGGAUAUUCGCUCGAGUUGACGUUGCACGAGGCCGGAGUUUGAUGCCAAAUCUCUGGAUUUUCCUUUUAGCGGUUCUUGGUGUGCUCAUAAUUAUCAUAAUUAUAUCGUCCAUUUUAAUGCGCCUUAUCCAGAGACGACGGCGUAUAUCAUUGCAACGCAGAAUUCAAGCUGGAGAGGUAGACUUGGAGAUGUUGGGAAUAAAAAGGCUGAAUGUGCCACAACAUAUCCUCGAUAAGAUGCCCCUCUAUACAUAUGCCAAUGAUGGAAACAUCAUGGCCCCAGCGCCGGCCGUCACAAUGGUCCCGUCGAAUAUUGAUCAAACACCCACAUCCAACCACUUGGAAGCCAAGAAGCCCAUUGUACGAGGCUUUGUCUCACACCUAUUUGGUGGUAACACCCGAGGAUCUAAUGGUGGCACACACUCCGCGAGAUCAGGGAGAAAAGCAGAUGCCCGGAUUCAAGCUUCACCUUUAAACCAGGACCUCGGUCAACUUACAUUCUCACAAUGCACUUGCCCCAUUUGCCUUGAAGAUUAUGCCCCGGGGGAGACCACCGUUCGGGAGCUGCCAUGUCGACAUAUAUUCCACCCUGGAUGCAUCGAUAACUUCUUGUUGCAAAAUAGCAGUUUGUGUCCUGUGUGCAAGAUCAGUGUUCUCCCUGUUGGCUAUUUCCCGGAAACUGUAACGAACUUGAUGGUUCGUCAAGAGCGGUUAGCCAGAAGAAUCCAGGAAGAACGAGAACGCCAGCACGGGAAUUCCACAAAUAUUACUUCUAUAAUCCCGUUAUCUGCUUUGCAACCAAGAUCGCGCACUAGUACUGUUAGCACGGAACGGCAGGAGGCAAUGCGCCAAAGAGCAGUAGCUAUGCUUGGUAAUGAUAGGAUGGCUGAAGAUGAAGAGAGGGAACGAGAUGCAGCGAGACCAAAAUGUAAGAUCAAAAUCCCAGCCCUAUCUGUACCUCUCUAG